AUGAUUUGCCAAGACUUAGUCUGUCAUUAUGGGAGAAAAUCAUCAAAAGCCAGUUGUUUGAUUAAGCUAGAUUUACAAAAGGCUUAUGAUACUAUUGAAUGGAGCUUUAUAGAAGAAAUGUUUUAUGGUUUCCAUUUUCCUGAGCACUUUAUUCAGCUGGUCAUGACAUGUAUUAGAACACCACGGUUUUCACUCAUGCUUAAUAGGUCGCUGCAUGGCUAUUUUGAAGCCAAAAGAGGGUUGCGACAAGGGGACCCGAUGUCACCUCUUAUUUUUGUACUGGGAAUGGAGUACCUCACUAGAAUAAUGCAAAGAGUUGGCCAGAAAUCUGACUUUAUCUUUCAUAACAGGUGCAAAGAGCUGAAGUUAAAUCAUCUUAUUUUCGCAGAUGAUGUCUUACUGUUUUGCAAUGGUGAUUACAAGAGUAUCUAUUAUCUACUACAGGGCCUCACGCUAUUUUCGCAAACAUCAGGAUUGCAGCCUAAUGCUUCGAAGUUUGCAAUAUAUUGCAGUGGGAUGAAUACUAAUGAGGUCCAACGCAUUUUGGAAGCUUCGGGCUUUAGGAAAAGUGAUGUCCCGUUCAGCUAUUUAGGUGUCCCCAUCUAUGCUAAACGUAUAUCUGCUAAGGAAUGUAGCUUGCUGGUGGAUAAAAUGACUAAUAGGAUCAGGUCUUGGAGUACAAGGAAUAUCUCAUUUGCAGGUCGGGCAGUCUUGAUUAACUCUGUUCUCCUUGCAAUUCAUUCUUAUUGGAGCCAAAUUAUGUUGCUGCCCAAGAAGUUGAUUAAAGAAAUUAAGGCUAUCUGUAGAGCAUUCUUGUGGACUGGUCAACAAAUGAUGGCUGGAGCAGGGAAAAUUUCUUGGGACAGCAUAUCGGCUAAAGAAGAUAAUUUUUGGGUUAGAUGGGUGCACAGUGUGUACAUAAAAGAAGGAGAUUGGUGGGAUUACAUUUCCCCGGUACAUGGUAGCUGGUAUUGGAGGAAGGUUGUAGCAAUCAAAGACAAAGUGAAGUCUCUUGUGGACUUAGCUCUGUUUACUCAAGGAAGAUAUAAGAUUGCAGAGGGAUACAAGCUUCUAUGUCCUGUACAUGAUCGGGUCAAUUGGAGCAAGGAAGUUUGGGGGAGAUUGAAUACCCCAAAGCAUAGUUUCACGCUAUGGCUUGCUAUCCAAGACAGGUUGAAAACUAAAGCAAGGUUGUAUCGGUUUAAUGUUCUUCCUGAAGCUAGAUUGAGUGUCUCCAACAGAUUAAGAGCUGGGUUCGCUGGGGGAUAUCUUCGUGCCAGUUAUGGAGAGCCAGAAAUGAAAGACUUUGGCUAUCCUCCCUUGACAAUCCAAAAAGCAUUGUACAUAAGAUUAAAGCAGCUAAUCAAAGAAGUAUGCUUUCAGGCCCCUUUAGUGGGUGCUGUUUGUUUGUAA